AUGGAGUAUAGCCAAGCGGAUCACCUCAGCUACGCUUCCGACAUGAUGGCGAGUUCAGAAGCUCCGGCCGCGAACAGCAUGGCCCAACUAGAGCAGCGCAACGCAGAGAUGCAGAAGGAGAUCGCAGAGCUGAGAGAAGCUCUGAGAGCUCAGCAGAACGAAGCGACCGAGCUCCGAGAGAUGUUUGCAGAGACUACAAGGGACAUACAAUUCGCUCGCAAUCACGCCGCCAAGCUCCAGCACGAGAUCAAAUCGCUGGAGAAACCUCGCCGAACCUCUGCUCGGAAGAGAGAGCUAGAGGGCGCACACGCUCGCGUGAGGGAGGUUGAAGCAGAACUGCAACAAGCUCGGUUUGAGAAUGCUCAGCUGCAGCAAAUGGGCCGGAACCUACAGAACGGCAGCGACUACUGGAAGCAGCUCUACGAGGCUUCCCAGGCGGAAUCUCUCGAGCGACAGGAGAAGGUCGAGCAGCUACAGACUGAGAAUGCUGCUCUUACUAUGUUGGCUGGUCAACAGCAGCCAGUUGCCACCCCGCCGGCCGAGCCACAGGUCAACGUAGACCUGGCAUUCGAUAUGGGAGGUGACCAGCAGGUCCCAGGAAUGCAGGCAGAUCAGAUCAACGAGGCCAUGGAAGAACUGCCCGCCAUGGGCCAAAUGGGUUCCUUUGGCUACCAGCAGGCCUAUGUGCUUGCUGACCCUGGCGCAUGGCAAGGCGGGUACGACUUCAACUAUCAAGCCUAG